UGAGACUUGAUGUCACACACUUUGCUCAAAGUUCACCGGGUCGAGCUCCUCUAACCGGGCGAGGCAGCGUGUCGGCGGCGGCCGCAGAGGAACGCUUCUCCGGCGGCUUCAGGGUCUGAUGUGAGGCUGCAGCUGCUCCACCCACCACCAUGUUCACCAAAAAGAAGAAGUCGCGGAUCCAAAUCUCUGCUCCAUCCAACUUUGAGCAUCGCGUACAUACGGACUUUGACGAGGAGGAGCAGAAGUUCGUCGGGUUGCCACGGCAAUGGCAGUCGCUCAUCGAAGACACGGCCAAAAGGCCCAAACCCUUCAUCGACGCCACUGUCAUCACCACGGUGGAGCCGCGCAAGGCAAUCGUCCGUGGCCACAAGAUGGGCGUGGACGGCUCCCUGACCUGGCUGCUGGAUGAGUUUGACACCAUGUCCGUCACUCGCUCCAACUCCCUGCGACGAGGAAGUCCUCCCAUCCAACCACGCAGGGACUCCAGUUCUUCAGGAGGAGGAGGCGGGCAGGAGAACGGAGAUCCUCACCACAGACACUACUCACACCCAGACAGACAAGACAGUCACCGACCUCGACCAGAGUUUCCGAGUGGAGGUGACCCCCGCCAGGCCCAGCGUGCAGUCCGUCCUCCUCACAGGGACGAUGGAGUUCAGGGUCGGCCCCAGCAGCAGCCUCGGGGCCAGGAGCCCAGCCGGGCCCACAGGGACCGACCCGGCUCCGGCCCCCCCGCUCCCCCCCACAGAGACAGAGAGUCACGGGACCGGGACCAGGAGCAGGUGGUUCGCAGGGAUCAACCCAGUGACCUCAGACCAAAGUCCAGCUACAUGACACGGGACGGCAGCCCUCAGUCUCCCAGGGACAAGAGGCCUCUCUCUGGGCCCAACAUCCGCACCCCAAACCUGCCGGUAACAGAGGGAGUGAUAAAGACUGCCCAGCAGACCACUCGACCCUUCAACACCUACCCGAGGACAGACAGCGAGGGCGGACGCAGCCCCACCGGACAGCCGGUGCGACACCAUGAAUCUUCCCCUCAGAAUGGCCCCUCGAGCGGCUCCACCAGAGGUUCCUCCGGCUCCAAGCCUCCUGUCAGCCACCCCCAUCCUCAUCACACCUCCCACCCAAGUCUGACAAUUGAGGCCUCCCAGCACCCACACACUCCUCACCCCAACCUUCCAGCUCCGCGGCCCCCCGUGCCCCCCGGGCCACCAGCGUCAAGUGCACCGUCCCAGGGCCGCUCACCGCAGAGGGAGCCCCAGAGGGUUUCCCAUGAGCAGUUCAGAGCCGCACUACAGAUGGUGGUGGAUCCAGGAGAUCCGCGAACCUACCUGGACCACUACAUUAAGAUAGGGGAGGGGUCCACGGGGAUCGUGUGUAUAGCCACAGUGAAAACGACGGGGAAACUGGUCGCUGUGAAGAAGAUGGAUCUGAGGAAACAACAACGCAGAGAACUCCUCUUCAACGAGGUGGUGAUCAUGCGGGACUAUCACCACGAGAAUGUGGUGGAGAUGUACAACAGUUACCUGGUGGGAGACGAGCUCUGGGUCGUCAUGGAGUUCCUGGAGGGAGGAGCUCUCACUGACAUUGUGACACACACCAGGAUGAACGAGGAGCAGAUUGCCACAGUGUGUCUGUCUGUCCUGAAGGCGUUGUCUGUCCUCCACACACAGGGCGUGAUCCACAGAGAUAUAAAGAGUGACUCCAUCCUCCUCACUCAUGAUGGUCGGGUGAAGCUGUCAGAUUUUGGUUUCUGUGCUCAGGUGUCUAAGGAGGUGCAGAGGAGGAAGUCUCUGGUUGGAACACCGUACUGGAUGGCACCAGAGCUCAUAUCCAGGUUGCCUUAUGGACCAGAGGUGGACAUCUGGUCUCUGGGUAUCAUGGUCAUAGAGAUGGUGGACGGGGAGCCGCCGUACUUCAACGAGCCACCGCUCAAAGCCAUGAAGAUGAUUCGAGACAACCUUCCUCCCAAGCUGAAGAAUCUGCACAAGGUCUCCCCUGUGCUCAAGGGCUUCUUGGACAGGUUGUUGGUGCGAGACCCUGCUCAGAGGGGCUCGGCCAGCGAGCUUCUCAAACACCCCUUCCUGGCGAAGGCUGGUCCACCAUCAUGCAUCGUCCCUCUGAUGAGGCAGAACAGGAUGAGAUGAGACCUGUGACAGUAACAGCCUCCAGACUGUGGAGGGCAGCGUGUGCAGGUUCAGAUGGAACAGAAUACUCCUACACACAAAGGAUUGGCCCUCGUUAUGGAUCAGAGUCUGAUGGGUGUGAACUGGGUGUGCAGGGGUAUUCUCUUUUUCUUAUGUGAAUGACUGAACUUUGAGGAGUGUAUUGCCUGAAUAAGAAGCAAGUUGGUGUGUGAGUGACUGAGAGCUCUCACUUGGAAUCCUGAAGGUAGAGAACAUCAGAGAAGCAACUAACUGCCUGUCGAAUGAUUUCAGCUGACUUCCUGUACGCUGAGUUUUAAUUUGAAGGUCCUGACCUGGAAAGAUUACGGACUGCGGCUGUUUUUAUUUUUUCCAUUUGGACCUAACCUGGAUUUUGAGUGUGAUGGUUGGGUUUUGCACAACAGUUAGAUAUUUCUAACGAGCCGAGAGACUCUUGGAUCAUUUUAGAGCUAGUCGAAGCAACAUUUUAAUCACACUAUUUGACAGUUUGGAUUGUCUGCUCUACAAGGACGACACUCACCGAUGGAUUCCAGACUCUGACCCAGAACUUACUACUGAGGGCUGAACUCUAAUGACUCAUUAAUGAGCCAGACGGACUUAAUUUUGUAGCCAUAAAAAUACUAGCUUUCUGUUGUAAACAAGAAAACACACUAAAAAGAGGUAAACACUGGAGUUGUGGUUUGUUAACAGAUGAAA